AUGCCCAACUUGUGGGAUAAGUUUGGUGCAAUAACAGUUGUCUCUUUACAUCAUUCAACUAGCAUCUUAACUUGCUGUUGGACAAUACGUGUUUUUUGGCGCAAGUUCGUCACAAGUUUGGGUCGUCCACGAAUCAUCGAUGAUCUCUCUUCGACGCCAAAGCCUGGCGCCGAAAAAGAAAAGGAUUCGCCCGAACCCGAGUUACCAGGCAGCUGCAGGGCCUCUACCUCCUUCCGG